AUGUUUCUGAUUGUGAAUCUUUUCAGAUUCGAUGAGAAAGAGAGCAUUUCUGGCGUGCAACAACUCAAGUCGUCAGUGCAGAAGGGGAUCCGCUCCCGUCUUCUAGAGCUGUAUCCUCAUCUGGAGAACCACAUUGACCAGGUGUUGCCUAAGAAGGACACCUUCCGAAUUGUAAAAUGCCAUGAUCAUUUAGAAAUUAUGGUGAAUAGCGCUGGAGAACUAUUGUUCUUCCGCCACCGGGAAGGACCAUGGAUGCCGACAUUAAGGCUUUUGCACAAAUAUCCCUUCUUCCUACCGAUGCAACAAGUAGACAAAGGUGCGAUACGUUUCGUUCUCAGCGGUGCUAACAUAAUGUGCCCGGGACUGACCUCCCCCGGCGCGAGGAUGUCGAGUGUAGAGAAGGGCAGUGUGGUUGCUGUCAUGGCGGAAGGGAAACAACAUGCUUUAGCUGUGGGAAUUACUUCUUUGUCUACUGAUGAUAUAGCUAAAGUUAAUAAAGGCGUGGGAAUAGAAAACUGUCAUUACCUUAACGAUGGUCUGUGGCAGAUGAAACCAGUGAAG